CAAAAGACUAGAGAAGGGCUGGAAGCGGACCUGGGACUGGGAGAACAAAUUGAUGUCCGAGCUGAAAGAAACAAUUUGGUGCUAGCCUGCGAGGACAGUUGAUAAUGGACUCGGUUGGGCCGUUGAUCCAUUUGGGCCUGUUAGUUGCACUAUCUUCUCCUUUGGUUGUCCCUGUAUUUGCCCUUUCUCGCUGCGUCGUGAGCCGUCGGAAAAUGAUCGUAAAAGGGUUCAACCGUGAAAUCUCCAUAUAGAUUGCGAUCUACCACUUGUCCGACAUCCCACCAUUUUAUCCCAAGCAACAACGCUUCUUAAAGCGUAAAUCAAUUAUAGGUGAGAUUGAGAACAAUCGAAUCGAUAGUCGAUGGAUAUCAACGAGAUACUUGGGGAGAGCUCGAAGCCAGGAAGCUUAGUACCAACCAAGAGCGCGAUUUAUGUGUGGGGAUAUAACCAUAGCGGGCAAACGGGAAGGAAGGAUAAAGAGCGCCAAUUGCGUAUCCCAAAGCAGCUGCCGCCUGAGCUAUUCGGUUGCCCCGCUGGUAAUAACGCCCGAUGGUUGGAUAUAGCUUGUGGCCGGGAGCACACCGCUGCCGUUGCUUCCGAUGGAUCGCUCUUCACAUGGGGGGCUAAUGAAUUUGGUCAAUUGGGGGAUGGCUCUGAAGAGGGGAGGAAGUACCCUAAGAGAGUAAAGCAAUUAGAGUCCGAGUUUGUGAAAUCUGUAGCUUGUGGGGCACAUUGCACUGCUGCUAUUGCAGAACCGCGUGAUAAUGAUGGAACCAUCUCCAAAAGUAGGCUAUGGGUUUGGGGACAGAACCAGGUGCUUAGAUUUUACCAAUGCCUUCUGUUUUGCGUGAAGGUGUUUCAUUUCGUCAAAACUCUAGGCCUUAGCUUUCUUGUGAUUACUUCUUCUUGUUCCAGGGGUCCAAUUCUCCGCGUCUGUUUUGGGGUGCCUUCAAACCUGACACGGUAUGCGUUUGAGUUGAGUUUUAUGUUCCUGAGGUUAGGCUGGUGUACUGGCAACCUAGUAAAUAUCUGACAGGCUGUUAGUUUCUGGCUAUUCAUGCAAAUCUGUAUGAGGCUUGGCAUGUAUUAGUAAAUGAUUGCUUGGACUUGAGCAGCCCUACAACUGGAAUGAAGCACUUUGAAUUAGUAAGUUAAUCCAUAUGCUUUCUCUCUCUCUCUCUCGGGUUUUUUCAGAUGAUCCGCCAGGUAUCCUGUGGUGCAGUUCAUGUAGUGGCCUUAUCAGAAGAUGGAAUGCUACAAUCCUGGGGAUACAAUGAAUAUGGCCAGCUUGGUCAUGGUGUUACUUGUGAAGGCCUGCAAGCUGCUCGUGUCAUCACUGCUUAUGCAAAAUUUCUUGAUGAUGCUCCAGAGCCAGUGAGGGUAACUGAAGUGUCAUGUGGGGAGUACCACUCAGCUGCGUUAUGUGAAAUGGGCGAGGUGUAAGUCUCUGUAUGAUUCUGUUGAUGGAGAUAAAGUCUUACUAUUAACAUGAGAAUCGUGGUUAUUCUCAUUACUCAUGCAACUUCCUUGAAGCUUGGAAAAUAUCUCUUUGCGGGACUCUCCAGAGUUUGGGGUGCAUUGGAAAUUCUGAUACGCAAGUCUCUUUCCCCUUUGCUUGAUCGCAUAAAUUCCUCAUUUGAACUAUUUUGUCAUUGCUUCUGUCUAGCUGUACACAAGCCAUUACCAUAGAGUUACACAGAUAUUAUGUGAAUAUUAUAGCUGCCCUUAUAUCCUUUUCAGCUUCGACCAAAUGAACUCAUCCCAGAUGUUUUAAAAUCUAUUGUUUCAGAUGCACAUAGUUGAUUCCCUCUCCAUGAACUUCCCUUCCCUUUUCUUUUUGUAUUGUUUCAGCUACACUUGGGGGCUCGGAAGUAUGGGCCAACUUGGGCACACUUCCCUCCAAUCUGGGGAUAAAGAGUUACUACCACGGCGAGUGGUUUCCCUUGAUGGUAUUGUCAUAAAGCAUGUCGCCUCCGGAGGAGUGCAUACCUGUGCAGUUACCGAGAAGGGAGCUCUAUACGCUUGGGGUGGUGGUCAAGCCGGUCAACUAGGCUUGGGACCCCAAACUUCAUCAUUCUCAUUCAUUCCAAGUGAUUCUGAAUCCUUCCUCCGAAACAUCCCUGCUGUGGUUGUUCCAAAUGGGGUUGAACAUGUAGCUUGUGGACAUUCUCAUACACUUGCUUCUUUGAGCGAUGGAAGGAUACAGGGAUGGGGUUACAAUAGCUAUGGGCAGGCAUCAAAUGAGAAAUCGACUUAUGCUUGGUAUCCAUCGCCAGUUGAUUGGUGCGUAGGGGCAGUCCGGAAAUUAGCUGCUGGGGGUGGUCACUCAGCUGUGCUGACCGAUGCUUGUUCCUUGAAGGAACUCUGUGAGUUUAGACUUGCAGACGAGGUAAAAUUAUCGAAUGCAUCACAGAUUGAAGAUGUUGCUUCCCGAACUGGGGCUGAUGCUUUAGCUCGUCUCUGUGGACGAUUGAGACAGCAUAUGGUUGACAUCGGAGAUCAAAACUACGAUGAUGAAGACCAGUGAGCACUGAACCUCUCAUUAAGAAUUGGUCCUGAUUUUCUGUGAAUAGUCCUUCCCCUAUUAUGAACCAAAGGUGCUGAUUGCAGUGUCCGCAUCUGUAAGUAUUGUAGCUCUGUGAUUGUUGGAACACGAAGCGGCCAACUAAUACGUUGAGUCGAACUUCCGGUUAUUGUGUCCUCACAAUAUGCUGCUGUUCCAUCUCGUAUGUAGCUGUAUGUACUACUGACACUUGGAUGACUACAUAGUCUACCCAUUGUUGUGAAUUAACUUGAAUUAUUAUUAUAGUGAUUGGAAGUCUGUAAGUACUGAACUUGUAUAUAUGCUGGAAUUAAGUAGUGUAAUUAAUGUACAAUCUAAUUCUGUGGUUUCGGAUUUGUUCUACUGAUGACGAUCUUCCUGUUCUGACUUCUGAUGCUAUACGGAUCGGAG